AUCACGUGGGGGCGGGAUGGCGGAGCGGGGCCCGGCGCCCCCCGGCCCCGCGGGUGGGUCCUGGAUGGGGGGGGAUUGGGGGGGCGGGGGCGGCGGGGGCUGCUAUUGUCUGCGAGAAUUUGGGAGCCUUUGAAAAAACCCUCCCGCUCCCUCCCACCCCUAUUGUUGGAGUGAAGAUGGAGUCAAACCUCUCCCGGCUCCCUCCCGGCGGGGUCUAAGCUGGGGUUUUUUUGCUGAGGGUUUUUUUUUUGGUUCUUUUUUUUUCCCUUUUUCCUUUUUUUUUUUUUUUUUUUGGCUGGGCUGAUACCCUCAAAGCUGGCCGAGGAGGAGGAGGGAGGAGGCGGUAACAGCCACAACUCGGAAUUUGCAAGCGAGUGUCGGGAUGGGGUCUGUUUCCAACCAGCAGUUUGCAGGUGCGAAGCCGGGCGAGGAACCGGCCGGAGACUCGCCCAAGGCCGAGAACGAGCCCCAGCCGCUGCACGGCUCCGGCAUCUGUAAGUGGUUCAAUGUCCGCAUGGGCUUCGGCUUCCUCUCCAUGACCGCCAAGGGCGGCGCGACGCUGGACGCCCCCGUCGAUGUCUUCGUGCACCAGAGCAAGCUCCACAUGGAGGGAUUCCGCAGCCUGAAGGAGGGUGAAGCUGUUGAGUUCACUUUCAAGAAGUCAUCCAAAGGUUUGGAGUCCAUCCGGGUGACCGGCCCGGGGGGUGUCUUCUGCAUCGGCAGCGAGAGAAGACCCAAGGGCAAGAGCCUCCAGAAACGCAGAUCGAAAGGAGACCGAUGCUACAACUGCGGUGGUCUGGACCACCAUGCCAAAGAGUGCAAGCUCCCGCCGCAGCCCAAGAAAUGCCACUUCUGCCAGAGCAUCAGCCACAUGGUCGCCAACUGCCCUGCGAAAGCACAGCAGUCCCCCAGCUCCCAGGGAAAACCUGCCUACUUCCGAGAGGAGGAGGACAUGCACAGCUCGGCCCUCCUCCCCGAAACCCGGGAAUGAUGGAGUGUGGUGGGGAGGGGGGGCUUCCACCAGGAUGAAGAGGCUUUGGCAAGGCAAUGGGCAGCCGUGGGGGCUUGGAGGAGGGAGGGCAGGGUGAAGGACCGGGGAGGGAAGACAGCAGUGCUAACGGUGGGGACCUGGUGUCUCUGCACGGAGCUUUUUUCCCCUGUUCCCAGCCUGGGGAAAGCCCUGCUUUAAUCGGGAUGGCUCGUUCCAAAAAUAGGGGGAGGCAGCACCCAACACACCUCUUCCAGCUAAAAAAAUCUCUAUAUUUGAUUCAUCUUUAUUCUUUUCCUGAAUGAAGCCAGGCAGUAGUGUGUCUGGGAGGAGGAGCAGAGAAGCAACAUCUCAGGGAGGAGCUCAGGGCUCCUUGUUGUCCUGAGCUUCAAACAGGCUCCGGCACAGCUUGGAUGAGCUGCAGUGGCCCCGCUCCUGCGCCUGCCCUGUCCCUCUCUGCCCCAAGGAGGGAGGCCAAGGGGGGAAGCCUGGCUGCAGAGUGCCAGGGAGAUGUCCGUGGGCUGGCCCCACGGGUCCUUCUGCUCCUCACAGCUUCUCACUUGCAGAUCAGUCCAAGGGUUUGCAGUUUUUCUGUGGUUGCCCCAUUGCUGAAACCAGCAGAGCCCAGAUUUGGGCUUAGUCUGGAAGGAAAUGGGGCAUCUCUCGGGGCUGGGCUAAUGCAGCCCAUGAGCGGCAAGUGAGCUGCAGCUUGGGGGAAAUCAAGUCAAAAGGAAAACACUUCUUUCUUUUCCCCCUAAGCCUUCCCAAGUGCCAGCCCAGAGAGCAAAAGUUGGUUUAUGCAGCCAGCUCUUCCCCUCUAAGGCUUUUCCCUGCCUCUGAAAUGUGGAGCCAGGGAGCAGGAGGGCUUCAUGGAGCAGAAAUACUCUUCGUUAAGCCUUGGGCACCAGCCAUAGGGCAGAGCCAGCUCACGGGGAUGUUGCUGGCAGCGUUUACCUCGGAAGCUGUGUGCGCAGCCCAGCCGGGGCUCACACGGAUCCACCCGUGGCUUGAUCCAGACACCAGACUGCCUGGGUCUUCCCACGGGCUCUGGAUCAAACCCACACAGGACAAAAAAGCACCUCUACUCCUUCUGCCCAUCCCACGCUCCAGAAACCGAUGGCUCCUGGGCAGAGCCUCCCCAGGGGCAGAGGAAAUGGGUGUCCCAGGUCAUUAGUGGCUGCUGUCCUCCCUCCCCACCGGCCCCACCAAGUCUUGCCUUUAUUUAUUGGCCCCGGUGGACAGCCCUUCUCCCGGGGCAGCCCCCUCGUCCGUGCCAAAGCCAACGCCAAGUGAAACCUGCACUAGGACGUGCGUGAAUGACGUAUCUUUGGGUUUGUUUGUCGUCUUUUUUGGGUUUUGUUUUGUUUUUUUUUUUAAUAUAAAUAUUCUGUUUUUGUAUUUUUGUAUAUUUUAAUCUUUAAGAAAAGAAAAAAAAAAAGAGAAAGGACGUAAUUCCUGCAACUUAUUCUCAGGUAUUCGAGCAAUCUCAGGGAUAAAAUGCCUCUGUAGCCCAGUGCUGGACAGAGAGGAGGGUUUUUUCUAACAGCACAAAGACAUGACGAAGUUUGUAUUGGAAGUGUAGAUCUACCUCACUGGAUGUUCGCUAGGUGGACUGACAUGUUGAGCUUUUCAGUUGUGUUUUUUGGUAUGUUUGGGAUUUGUUUUCUUUUUAACUGUAUUUUAAUAGAGUCUCUUUCCCUUCCCCAUGGACUGAGGAGGAAUUUGGGUCUGUAGAUCCGUGUGCGGGGAUGGAGAAGCCAGGCAGUGCCACGGGGCAGGGAACAGCUGCUAGAGCCCGUGUCGGCUCCCCAACUCCAGAUUUUCUCCCAGCCUGGUGGCUUUUGAGGACUGUCCUCCAUUUCUCUCUCCUGUUUACGCUCACACGUCCUCUAUCUGCCCUCCCAAUGGGACCGCUCCAGUCCGCCCCACGCCAAGUCCUCCCGUUGCCCUCGGGCUGGGGUGUCGCACAGGCUCCCAGCAGCAUGCUGUAGUGGUUGGGGGUUGGAAAGCCAGGAUGGGGGUCUCAGCCCCUCUUCAGGGGGUCCCAGCCCAUUCAGGGGGACAUGGCAAGAGCAGACAGGGAGGUCAUUGGGAGCCUGAGGGUUAUCCUCAGUCCCCUGCCCUAUAACUUGUCCUCAAGCAAAGGGCUGGCUGCCCUAGGAUGAGGGACCUGGUGCCAAGAUGGACCCAAGUCCAAGGGAGAUGCAGCUGCUCCGUCUUUCUCCUCCUUUCCUGGCUUCCCCCAAAUGCUGACUUACGAUGGCUGGGGGAAACACUGGAUCCCUGGUUUUGGGGCAUUAACACUCCACUUUGUAGCCUGGGGGCUGGCUGGAGCCUUCCCAGGGAGGGCAUCUUGCUGUGCUGGCGUGUCAGGACGUGGGCGCGGUUUCUGCUGUUUUUUAGGUAGCGAUAGGUUUAGAUGUAGAGCAGGGCUGGAACAGAUGGGGAGCACCUACUCCAUCCUCGCCGAUGGGGGUCACCAGGGGGGAUUUGCUGAGGCUGCUGGAGCCCAGUGACCCCUCUGAGUCUUUGCUCUGCCCUGUGGCACACUGGCACUGGUGGGGAUGGAGAGCGGCUCCCCAGCUGCUUGCCUGCUCUGCUCCAGUAGUUUUUAUGGUGGUGGUGGUCUCUUCUUGGGAGGGUGUGGGGAAGGACUUUUUAGUUCUUGACUGGCAAUGGGAUCUAUACAAAACUGCUUCAGGAAAAUGGCUUUUGUCUGAACGGGGUAAAUGCAAUAGAGCGCACUGGGCUGCGUGUCUAAGCCUGGGCCUCGGUCCCGCUGCCGCGUUGUGGGGGGGCUGUUGGCCUUCCCCGGCACCUCGGUUGUGCUGGGGAAACUGCUGCCCCCCCCUAAUUGUAUCUGUCUUGAAGAAUCGUGUAGGACCUUUCCCCCCUCUCCCCCAGUUUAAUGGUUUGGUGAUUUUUCUGCUAGUUGUCUAGUGUGUGUAAAUACCUCUGUAAAUCUUUCAAUUUUCUCUCAGUAUUCUCCUUGAUUAUUGUUUACAAACGUAAGAGAAAAAAAAAAGGUAAAAAAAAUAGCCAAAGCAUCUAAUAGGUUAGGGACCAGGGAGACAGGAUCUUCUCUGUAUACUCUGCCUUUCAACUCUGUGUGGGGAUAUGAGCUCUGUAACCAUCCCUGUCCUAGGCUAAAGCAAAUAGCAAAUGGCUUAGAGAAUCACUCAGGUUUCCCUCAGGGCCGUUGUGGCACUGGGAUCCAAGAAAACAGGGAUUUUUAUCUGUAUAGGGAAGCCACAUUGCAGAAGAUGGGAUUGCUUUGCAUCUUCUCGUUGAAUUUGCCAUUGUGGCUCUUCCCAUAUCUUAACAAUAAUUAACUAAAUCGCUGCAUCAUCACCCACCUUGCCCAUGCUCGGCUUGCAGGCGCUGGGCACUAUGCAUUACGGGACAGUGAAUCACGGGCGGAUGAGGCUGCACACUCAGGGUCCAGCUGUAACACAGGAGCAUUUGAAUGUAUAACAAAAAGAUGUCCCUCACGAGAGGGCGUCUCCCCUGGUGCGAAAGCCUUGAGUCCCAAGAUUGUCUACGAGGAGACGGAAGAAUGUAAUCCAUGUUUACUGCUAGCAACCAAAGCUUGUUUGUGUCAAACUCUUGAAUUUUUAUGAUGUGGGUUGGAGGGAGGGAAUAAUCGGGGUGGCUGUGUGUGGCUCAGGGGUUACCCCCAGCCACACUUUCCAAAGAGAUUUCCUGCAGGAGUCCCUGCAGCGAGAACCCCAGUUCCUGUUGCUGCAGGUUUUCCCCUCUUCCAUUUUUAAAAAAAUUUGUUUUUGUACCAACUAUGUAAAAUGUGGGUUGUUUUCUUUUCU